GUUUCAGUUAUACCCGCGAGUGUAGGGGCGUACUUUACAUUUACCGGUAAAUGCGUUAGCAGCAGCAACCUUAUAUAAGGUUGGAAGUCCCCACAUUCCAACAGCAAAAGUAGAACAAAUUUCGUUGUGAUUGUGUUGCGGUUUACUACUUAGUUUGAAUAUGGAGUACACUCAAGUAACUUCGCCUAAUUAUUCAUACAUUUUCAAUUUCGAAUCCGACUUCAUUCAUCAGGAGACCUUAAGAUGGAUGAACAAGAAUUGGACUAUGGGAUUUUACUAUGUGGGGCUUUAUAUGAUUUUUAUUUUCGGUGGACAACAUCUGAUGAAGAACCGAGCACGCUUCGAGUUACGAGGGCUGCUUUCGCUGUGGAAUACGUCUUUAGCAAUAUUUAGUAUAAUGGGUGCUAUCCGUACGGGGCCGGAGUUGAUCCACAUUUUAACACACCACGGUCUGUACCAUUCCGUAUGCGUGCCUUCCUUCGCCGUUCAAGACCGAGUUUCCGGCUUCUGGACUUGGAUGUUUGUGCUAAGCAAGUUACCGGAAUUGGGUGAUACGAUAUUCGUAGUGCUUCGAAAACAACCGCUUAUAUUUUUACACUGGUACCAUCAUAUUACGGUGCUUUUGUACUCGUGGUUUUCCUAUACCGAAACGUGCGCUAGUGCUAGGUGGUUUAUUGUCAUGAAUUACCACGUCCACGCAGUUAUGUAUUCGUAUUAUGCCUUACGAGCGAUGGGGUACAACCCACCUCGCCGAUUCGCCAUGUUCAUUACAUCACUUCAAUUGCUGCAAAUGGUCGUGGGGUGUUUUGUUAAUAUCUGGGCUCAGCAGUUGAAAAAUGAUCAUAGGGAAUGUAAAGUGUCUAAUGUUAACAUUAAACUUUCUCUAGCGAUGUACUUCAGCUACUUUGUGUUAUUCGCAAGAUUUUUCUACAAAACUUAUAUGAGUGGUGUUCGACGAAAGCAACAUCAAACAGUUUCACCAGAGGAUUAUUCCCUGUUGAAAUCUAAACAGCACUAACAUGAUAUUAGCGUUCAUAAGUGGAGUUAAAUUUUGAUUGAUGAGCUUGAUAUUGGCAUGGUGUAAAUAUGUUUUGUUAUUUUCUUUUACAGGAAUAUGCUAGUUCAGUACUUGGAUACUACAUUCCGAAUUUGAUUCUUCGUGAUUAUUGUCUGCGAUAUAAGAAUUUAUGUAUUUUGUUUUGUGCUUGAAAAUUGUUUAAUUUCCUACUUAUUUUGUGGUAGAUAAUACAAACUUAAACUUAGGGUUCUAGUCAUAUUUGUUUAUACAGAGGACAAUAGUACGUAAAUUUAUCUUUCUGUGAUGAUAUUAGUGCAUUACUUUAGUUAUUAAGUACCUACCACUAUGAAUUGACAGGUGUCUGAUGGAAAUCGAUAAAUAUUUGAUUUAAUUAUUAUUUAUGUGUACCUACAUAAUGACAUGGUGGCUUUAGUAAAAGUUUGUGCACAACUUUUUUUAUAUUCUUACAUUUGUUAAAAUGCACACAUUAUUUACAUUUAGUGAAUGUCCUCACUUUGCUGGUGAAUGUAAAUGCGACCUCUCGAAGAUCCAAAGAACUUCCAAGUUCAUUGCCAGUAUUUGAAAAUAAACUAAUUUUUUAUAAUCAUUA